AUGAAACACGGUAUAAAUCAACGUAAACUGGGUAGGAUGCCUGCUCAUAGGAUAGCCCUAUUGAGAAAUCUCGUAUCUGCAUUGCUACAUCAUGAAACUAUCAAGACGACUUUGCCUAAAGCCAAGGAAGCUGCUAGGAUGGCUGAGAAGAUCAUCACAUUAGGAAAGAAAGGUACCAAUCCUUCUAGAAGUAAAGCCAUGGCAUAUCUGAUGCCCCCACAUAACUCCCCUUCCCCUUCUCCAAUCGCCUCCUCAUCAACCCUAUCCACCGAUCCCGAACAAUUCAUCGCCCCCAAAUCACUCUUACCCAAAUUAUUCGAAGAACUAUCCCUACGAUACGCUGAACGUCCAGGAGGUUACACCCGAAUACAUAAAUUCGGUAGACGACAGGGUGACAAUGCCCCUCAUGCUAUCGUCACGCUCGUCGAUGGACCGAGAGAUCUGCAAUUCGAGAUGUUAGCUAGAGAAGUGGGUAAAUCGUCUUUGGAUCUCUUAGAAAGGAAGGGUGGGAAAUUAGAUGAGAUUGAUGAAGGUUGGGAAGGACUUGGGGAGAAGACGAGAUUGAAAGUUGAGAAAGUGUUGAAGUAUAAGAGUGAAGAUGAGAAGAGGGAAUUCAAGUUGAAAGCUAAGGAGUUUGCUGACUACAUCCAAGCUGAAGAAGCUGCCUAUGGUGGAGUACGAUCACCGAAAGCAUCCCCUGACGCACCCGCAUUCAGAAAACCAGGUAUGAACGUCCCCAAAUCUGGUCGAUUGUUACAUGCCGGAGAGAGAUUAUCAGGUGUAUCAACACAUACUACUGGGUUAGGAUUGGCCAGAGGAGCAUUAGCGAGGACACCAAGAGGUAAAUCCCAUGUGGAUAAAUCACCUAGGUUCUGGGGUCAGGCUAGGUUACCUGAGGGAGUUGUUGCUGAGGUGUUGUAG